AAGAUUGAAUGUUGUAUAUUCCCGAGGUUCGAGGUAAGUUGUAGGCUGGUGAUUUUUGAAAACCCUAAUUGCGUGCUGAGUAAGCUCGUAAACUAGGGUUUUUCUAUGGGGGAAAUGCUUGUUGAAGAGAGAACGUGCAAUGGUGAAAGCAUGGACUGUUCCUUGUUGGCUCCCUGUUCGAAUGGAGCUAUCUUGAAUGGAUAUGCUUUUGGAUUUGGAGGUGAUAAUACUAAUGGGAAUUUGGGAGUGUCUUCUUCUGAGGGGAUUCGUACUUACAAGCGGCGGAAGCAGUUGAGGCUGACUUCAGUAAGCAACCUUCAAGAAGACGGAAGGAUUUCUGUAGAAACAGCAGGUCAAUUCGCAAACAAGGCAAUAAAGAAGCCUGGGGACAUGGUUCUUCUACGCAGGAAUUCUAAUGAGCAAACUGUUCCGAAUGGUUCAAAUGACUGUACAAAUGCCUUCUGGAGGAAUAUUGUGCUUGAACAAAUAUCACAGUCAUUAGGUGAGAGUGAAGGUGGUGUUCGGAGUUGCAUCCGUGAAGCACUGAGGUGCAGUUCAUUUGGUUUUGCUAGCAUGCCUAAGAUGCAAUCUGUGGCUGAGAAAACUACAUGGGGCCCGGAUUCUGUUGAGUGUAAUGGAGAUAGUCAGAGGUUCUGCUCACAGUUGCAUGGGAAAACUGAAAUACUGGACAUAGUACAGAAUGCCGCUAAGGUGCAUACAAGUGCUACUUCCAAUGAAUCGCAGAAUGAGACAAGCAGUCAAGCAAAUGUUCAUCAUGUCUCUGAAUUGUGUCAGCAGAUUUUUCUUAAAAUUAUAGUUUCAGAGAAAUUUUCUUUGUUGUGUAAGCUACUCUGCGAAAAUUUCCCAGGUGUCAAGGUUGACAGCUUUAUCGACUUUAGUGUUAUCAAUUCAAGGAUGAAAGAGGGGGCUUAUGGACAGUCUCCGAUACAUUUUUGUACAGACAUUCAACAGGUAUGGGGAAGGCUUCAGAGGAUAGGGGCUGAAAUGGUUUCUCUUGCGAAGAGCCUUGCAAACAUGUCACAGACUACAUACCGUGAACAGGCUGGAGGCAUGGUAAAUGGAACUUCUGAAGAAGGGAAACAUGUGGAAUCUGACCUCCAGAAAUUGGAGAAAGCAGAGGAUUGUGCCACAGACAAAGUUUGCAAGUGCACAAGUUGUGGAGCUAAGACAGAGGGAAAGAACUUGGUCUGUGAUGCAUGUGAACAAGCGUUCCAUAUCCGUUGUAUUGAGCCUGUCUUUGAAGAGAUCCCACCAAUUGAUUGGUUUUGUGACAAUUGCACAGCCAGUGGAAUUGAAUCACUACAAGAUAAUUGUCUAGUAUGUGGUAGACUAAAUGACACCAUGAUCCAAACUCAUGGAGGUGGGAAUGAGAUAGUUCCAAUAGGUGAAGAACUUCUUAGUGACUUGGAAGAGAGAUCAGAUUGUAGUGAGGGUGCUAAAAAUGGGCUCCAGCCGUCCAGCAGAAACAGAAGACAUUUCUCUUGCAAGCUCUGUGGAAGCCGAGGAGAAGAAGGCCAGAAACACCGUUUAUGUGGGCACCCCUUCUGCCUUUUUAAGUAUUAUCAUGUAAAAUGCUUAACCAUUGAACAGUUGAAGUCCCAUGGUCCACAUUGGUACUGCCCUUCAUGUCUCUGUAGAGUUUGCCUCACUGAUCGGGAUGAUGAGAAGAUUGUCCUCUGUGAUGGCUGUGAUGAAGCAUAUCACAUCUAUUGCAUGGAACCUCCACGUACUUCUAUUCCAAGAGGGAAAUGGUUCUGUAUUCAAUGUAAAGCUGGAAUUGAGGCAAUACGCAAAGCUAAGAAGGCAUAUGAGGAUCUAGAGAAACAGAAAAUGAAGCAAUUGGCAAUUGAAGCUGUGGGAUCAGUGGACAUGCUUCUAAAUGCUGCUGAAAAGCUUAAGUGCGAGGAGAGAUUGGCUUCUACUGUAAGGAAGAAAUAGGAAGAACAUUAAAUUUUCACUGAAAGCUGGGGGGUAAAACACUCCAUAUUAUGGUCUGUACUGUAGUACUCCCUUGGCAAGGGUUUGUACAUUUUGUUUGAAUACCCGAAAGCCAAGAAAGCUACCCUCACCACAUUGUUUAGAAGACUAACAUCAUUCAUCUACCUUGUAAACUGUGUAGCUGAUGGGAGGGAUUGGCUGGUGUUUUCUUUUCUCUAUUUUAAGGGGGAGAAGGGCUGUGAAAUCUGUUAUGAUUGGGUGAUCCCCCAUCGUAAAAAUGAUGAGUGCAGAUCUAAUCAGCUUUUUAAUGGGCAUCGGAACUCCAAGGCAAUGAUGCAAGGUGUUGUAAUAUUAAGAAAUUGUGUCCGAACGGCCUGUUUCAUCAUAAUCCAAAUUCAAGGAUUUUUUUCACUGUAACGUUUAUUUUGUUGAACUUGUAAUUUGAUUCUACCCCUUCUCCCCCCUCCCCGGUUUCUCUAUGGGGCUCGGUUCCACUUUCAUGGAUGUUUCCACUUUCCGUUCACAUGAGACUCUGUAAUUGUAUUGCUGCCGUAUUCUCUAUUA